AUGGCGGAGACAACUGGUGUAGUUGUUCGUUUUCACGAUAGCAAGGGCUACGGCUUCAUCAAGCCCGAUGAUGGCGAUGAAGAUCUGUUCGUUCACCACUCCGAGAUUCAAUCGGAUGGCUACCGGAGUCUUACCGAAGGUCAGAAGGUUAAGUUCUUAGUUGUUGAAAAAAAUGAUCGGAAACAAGCUGUUAGUGUAACUAGUGUCGACGGAUCUAGUAUCGAAAGAAACCGUAACCGUGAUGGUUUUGGCGGUGGUCGUAGAGGCGGUGAUGAUGGCUACGGAUUUAGCCGCGGCGGCGGCGGUGGUUUCAGGGGUGGUAAUGGUAACGGCGGACGUGAGUGCUACAAUUGCGGUGAAUCUGGGCAUUUCGCUAGGGAUUGUAGAGUGAAUAGCGGCGGAGGCGGUGGCGGUGGCGGUGGCGGCGGGGCUUGCUACAGUUGUGGUGGGUUUGGUCAUUUAGCUAGGGAUUGUAAUAGUGGGCGCGGAGGUAGUGGCGGUGGCGGUGGCGGCGGCGGAUGUUAUAACUGUGGUGAGACAGGGCAUUUGGCAAGGGAUUGUAAAUCAGGCGGUGGCGGUGGUGGCUACGCCAGGUCUGGCGGUGGUGGUGGAGGUGGCUAUAAGUCCGGCGGCGGUGGUAGCUGUUACAAUUGUGGAGAACCGGGGCACUUCGCUAGAGAAUGUCCUACCGCUGCCAGUACUUGA